AUGCUCGAACAGGAAGAAAUUGAAGCUGGGGAGAUGUUUGUCUACCGUAGUAUCCAGAAAGAGUCGUUUGCCACAGAAUUUGCCGUUCUAGAACGAGGCCGAUCCUCUGACGAAAAAAUUCGAAGCCUCAAGCCCACCAGCAAACUUUCGCAGCUAUCUCCGUUCAUCGAUGACCGCGGCGUUCUCCGGAAGGAGUCCAGAAUAAGUGUGGCCGCCUUCGUAUCAUAUGACACCAGAAACCCUAUAAUAUUACCACCUGAGAGCCGAGCAACGCAUCUUUUAGUGUAUGAGAUGCACAAAAAAUAUCUGCAUCAAAAUCACGAGACGGUCGUCAACGAGAUCCGGCAGCAGUUCCACGUGUCACGCCUGAAGUCGCUGGUUUGUCGAGUAUCGAAGGAUUGUCUUCACUGCCGGGUGUAUAAAGCUGUCCCGAGAGUUCCCCGUAUGGCGCCUUUGCCUGCUGCCCGUCUUGGUGCAUUCUUUCGGCCAUUCUCCUACGUAGGACUGGAUUUCUUUGGUCCGAUGCCGGUGCGAGUUGGACGUUCUACUGUCAAGCGCUGGGUGGCCCUAUUCACCUGUUUAACCAUCAGAGCAGUACAUCUGGAGGUGGUCCAUUCUCUCACGACGAUGUCCUGCAAGAUGGCGGUGCGGCGUUUCAUCGGCAGGAGGGGAUCUCCGGCCGAGAUCUACUCCGACAACGGGACCAACUUCUGUGGAGCCAGGAACGAGCUGAUGAAGGAUUGGGACGAGAUCAACCAUCACUUAGCCAACUCAUUUACAAACUCGAAGACCAAAUGGCGAUUGAAUCCUCCAUCGGCACCCCACAUGGGAGGAGCGUGGGAGCGGCUCGUCAGGUCCGUUAAAGUUGCUUUUUAUGCGAUGAGCACUACGAAGACCCCCAAUGAAGAGACAUUUGCUACGUUGAUUGUUGAAGCUGAAGCCAUCGUCAAUUCGAGACCACUGACUUUCGUUUCCCUCGAAAAUGAUUCCCAAGAAGCGCUCACACCCAACCACUUUAUGCUGCUGAGUUCGAGUGGAACGGUUCAACCUCCUAAAGAAACUCUGGAACCUAAACUAGCAACAAGAGACGACUGGAAUUUGAAUCGCCAUCUUGCGGUUAUGUUUUGGCAUCGUUGGGUGAAGGAAUACUUGCCGGUGAUAGCCCGACGCACCAAAUGGUUUGCCGAGACGAAGGUGUUGGAAUGCGGAGAUCUGGUAGUCGUGGUGGAUGAAACUGUUCGAAAUGGUUGGCUGAGAGGACGUGUUACGGAAGUACGAACUGGAGCAGACGGACGAGUGCGCCAAGCUGUGGUGCAAACAUCUUCAGGGAUUGUUACGAGACCAGUAGCAAAGAUAGCGGUUUUAGAUCUCUGUACUCUUGAACAGGUGGCGAACCGUUUGUUACAAACCUGGGACACAGGUGCCGUUUGUGAAACUUCCGGUUGCGGCAGCAAACGUCGCACUCAAGUGUGGGCCGGUCUAUCUGCCAGUUGGCCAUCCCCCAGCAACCGGAAAGGUGCUUCCGGUGCGUGGAAUAUGGGCACAAAUCUUUCGCGUACAAGGGCACUGACAGGAGUGGUUUGUGUUAGCGGUGCGGUGAAGCCGGCCAUCAGGCGGCGUAUCAGAGACGCAAAGACGUAG